AUGUGGUUAAUACUGGCACUUUAUAUUUGUAAAGUUCCAUCGAUGCCUCUUGAUGUCAGAGCUGAAAUGAGAACUGCAAUUGCUGCAAAUAUCACCUGGUUAGCACCGAUGGAACCAAGGGGACCAUUAGAUGAGAUUCAAUAUGAAUUGUUGUACAGUACAGAUGGUAGUAGUUGGUCUAUCAUUACAAGUAAUAUUGGCCACACUGUGGAGAGAUAUUACAUAUAUCUCUAUAAUCUACAACCUGCUAUGCCUUAUACAUUCAAGGUACGAGCCUACCCUGCUUUACAUGAUGAAUAUACUGAGAGUCUUCAUGUAGAAAACACUACAUUUCAAGUGCCAGGUCCGGUUACCUUACUGUCAAAAACUGAUACAACAUUGAAUAUAUCAUGGACAUCACCAACAGAUGGAAGUGUUAAUUUACAUGUAUUUAAAUAUCAGAAGCCUGGUGAAGUAUUAUGGCAAACACAAAUUCUUCCAGGUGGCAUAACAGAGAGCAAUGUGACAUACUAUGAGCUAAUUGGUAGUGAUAAACCAUUACAACCAAAAACACUUUACAGAGUACAAGUUGCUAUUAUUUAUCAUUCCCAUGAAGAUUUUGAAUGGCCUGAACACUUCAGAUCUUUUGAAACCCUUG